UCCUCAUUAGUCAGAUGAACAGGAUCAUGGGAUUGUGAAGGACUUAGUUGUUAUGGCCGCUGCAGAAGUUCGCUGAGUCUUCUAUCUGGACGUACCAAGUAUUUUUUUUUAUUUGAGGGUAAAAGCCAACAGCAGCCGUGCCCCGACGCGCCCCUACCCCCAGCGGAGCGGUCAUGUGGCAGGAAGCCCGCAAACAUGAGCGCAAGCUGCGCGGGAUGAUGGUGGACUACAAGCGCCGCGGCGAGCGCCGGCGCGAGUACUACGAGAAAAUAAAAAAAGACCCAGCCCAGUUCCUGCAGGUUCAUGGCCGGGCCUACAAAAUCCACUUGGACUCAGCCGUGGCAUUGGCUGCUGAGAGCCCCAUCAACAUGAUGCCAUGGCAAGGAGACACCAGCAACAUGAUUGACAGGUUUGAUGUGAGGGCACACCUUGACUACAUCCCCACCUACACGCCUCCCCUCCUCAACACUGUGACGCCAGAGCAGGAGUCGGAGGAGAGGAAGUGUAACUACGAGCGCUACAGAGGCCUGGUGCAGAACGACUUUGCCAGCAUCUCGGAGGAGCAGUGCCUGUACCAGAUAUAUGUGGACGAGCUCUACGGUGGCCUGCAGAGGCCAAAUGAGGACGAGAAGAAGAAGCUCGCAGAAAAGAAGGCAUCUAUUGGCUACACGUAUGAAGACAGUACCGUGACCGAGGCGGACGGGCAGUCUGACAAAGGGGAGGACGAGGACUCGGAGAACAGCGAAUCGGAGGAGGAUGAGGGAAUCCCCGACAUUGACGUGGAGGUGGACGUGGAUGAGCUGAACCAGGAACAGGUGCUGGACCUUAACAAGAUGGCCACGCCGUACGGGAUGGCCGAAGGAGACUUCGUCAGGAUGCUGAGGAAGGACAAAGAGGAAGUUGAGGCUAUAAAACAUGCCAAGGCCCUGGAGGCGGAGAAAGCCAUGUACUCGGGUCGACGGUCUCGCCGACAAAGGAGGGAAUUUAGGGAGAAGAGACUGAAGGGACGGCAGAUCAGCCCCCCCAGCUACGCCAGGAGAGACAGCCCGACCUACGACCCCUACAAGCGCCCCCAAUCGGAAUCAAGCUCAGAGUCCCGCUCCCGUUCCCGCUCCCCAGGACACGACAAGAUCACCUUCAUCACCAGUUUCGGGGGCAGUGACGAAGAGGGUGCCCCGCCCGCCCCGGCCCCGCCUGCCAAUGCCAGCCACGCCCCCAGCAGCAACUCCCAGCACCACCCCGCAGGUCAUAGCAGGGGCUCCCGGUCGCAGACGCCGGUCCUCCUCCAGCCCUUCUUCGUCGUCGUCCUCCUCCUCCUCCUCGCGGUCCUCCUCCCGCCGGUCGUCCUCGCGCUCGUCCUCGCGCUCGCGCCGGGGCCGCCGCCGGGGGGGGAGGGAAGGGCGCUACUCGCGCUCCCGCUCCCGGUCCCGCCGCUCCGGCUCCCGGUCCCGGGCACGAGGGGGCGGGGCCGGGGGCGGGGCCCGCCGCCGAUACGGGCGCAGCCGCUCCAGAUCUGCCGACAGAGACCGGGGCCGGCGCUACGCCCCCCGCAGGCGCACCAGGUCACGGUCCACUUCCCGGUUGGGCGAUCGUUUCAGGCGUGGGGGUCGUGGGCCCGGCCCACGGCGGGGGGGCAGCAGCAGCCGGAGCCCCUCCCAGUCCCCCCCGCCCAGCCGCUCCCGCUCGCCCUCCCCCGCCCCCCGGCACGGCCCUCCCGCUGCCCUGGCUCUCUGUGACAAGCUGAGAAAGCCUGAUACUCCGGGCGGUAAAGAGACGGGAGCUGCCAAAGUCAGUAAGAAUUUGAUUUGGCUGUGUUUGUUGCUAAAGUCUCCGCCCCCUCACCUCUGACAGGCUGACAGGGUCGUCACUCAGGCUGGGGGCUCCACCCCCUCCCCUCACCCAGGCCACCCUUGUACUCAGGGCUCUUCCGUACUAAUGUCUAGCUUUAUUUGAAGGUGUGCCGUUCUGUCUGUGAGGAACACUCUGUACUGUUGUUGCCGAAGGACCUCAUAGCUCCUGCCUCAACGGAUGGACUGAUGUUAAACUGGGAGUCUAGGCCCUUUCAUUUUGGGAGGGGGGAUUUCCCCCCCCCAACGUACCGCUGUAUCAGAAAAGAUGUUCUCUAGCCAAACAGGUUUGUGGGGUUUAAUCUGAGCUACAAGGUCCCCCAGCUUAGCGCUCAUAUCCCAAGGCCCGUGUGUGUCCUUGUUUAUUCGUCUUUGUCCACUUGGGGGAGACAAAGUCCUCACUUCACUUCGAUGGCCGACCUCCGACUGCCCAGCCUCAGUUCAGUAGCAUUUCUGGGCUGUUCUCUCAAACCAAGCUGUUUUUUUCCUCCCCUUUCUCUCUCUUUCAAAAGAAACACACCAAGCAGGAUGAUGAAAAGCUAGUGAGCGAGUUGGUAAGCCGCCAGGUUGGUCGCUGAGUGAGCGAGUAAAAGAAAGGGAAUAUGUGAGGUUGAGAGGUCCAGGUGUGCAGGUAGCUGCAGGGAGAGGAGGCUAGGAGGGGCCAGCACUGCACUGAGGGCCUGUCUGGACAGGCACACUGAACCAGUCCAACAAGAAACACAUUUUUCAAGAGGGCAGCUCAGGUUAUAACACCGGCAAUGAAGGAAGGAGACCGUGAGCAAGGCAGCUGAGGGGAAAAACGGGGAAACUGGCCAUUUUGAAUGCUGAAGUGGGGCAGUGCGAUCGUGCCGCCAUUUUGGAUUCCUAAUCAGGCAGCGUAAGCAAAUCUUCGCAACAGACACUGUUGUUCCUGUUAGCGGGGAUGGAACAUAGUCCGUUUUUCAGGUCUUUCCACAAAUUUGGAAUUCAUUCAAAUUGUAUUUAAAAUGCUGAAUAAUAAGAUGAGAAACAGAGUUUGCAAAUUCAGCAGCCUCCCAGCACUGGAACCAGAGUGGAGUUAGCCGUGCUCUCAUGUCCUGGGUGACUGAUUGUAAGCCCAGUUAAUAAGCUCACAAGCACAAUCAACAUUUACAGUUAUGUGAAAUGACUAUUAUUUGUAGUUGGCAUAUUUCACAAACACUAGUUUGCAAGUUAUGAUGAGUAGAAGGCUUGAAAUGAUGUCUAAAGUAGUUUUUUUUUUUUUUUUUCCCCCUCCCUCUUUGACCAAAAUCAACCUGCUCACUGUGCUGUUUUUGAAAGGUGUCAGUGGGCCUCUGGAGGGGUGCCCCCCCCCCCCCUCAUGCCGACAGUCAGCUUAGACACGCUCCUCUCCAGACUGGCCCACUUCAGCAUGCCACAGUCAAGCCAGUAGCCACAGUAAAGCUCAGGGCCCCUGCGUCAGGCUGUCUCCGCAGUACCCCCGCCUCUGUGAACGCAGCAGGGGAGAACUUACACAUUCUCAGCAGUUUGAGGUUUUGCAUAAUGUCACUUUUCCAUUCUUAUUAUUAUUGUCCAGCUUAGUUUUUUGUAAUUUUUUUUUUUUAGCCCCUCCACCUCCUGUUGCUCUGUUGCCGCCCACUCACAUAAGCACAGACCUGGAAUUGAACCCUCAGAAAUGUGGCAGGUGUCCCGCUGGAGUGGCUCAAACUGCUGUGUGGCAGUGCCCCCACCC